CCCGCUCCUAUAGCAAUUAGCAGCACUACGUUGUUGCAAAGGAAAGGCUCCAACGAACAGAAGAAAAACGCUCUCGCCCCUCUCUGCGUUCUUCAAUUCCCGUCGCGAACUCGUUCUUCUAACUCUCUCUGAGCCUCAGCCGUUCCUUCUUAUAAAGGUCUGUAAACUCUGCAGCUUUUACAAUAUGCAGCUGACCCUUGAAUUCGGCGGAGGAUUAGAGCUUCUAUGCAACUCUGUAAAGAUUCAUAAUGUCAAUGUUGAAUUGCAAAACGGAGCAGAAAAGCUAACCAUGAAGGAUUUGCUCUCUUGGAUCCGUAUCAAUUUGAUCAAGGAGAGGCCUGAAAUGUUUAUGAAAGGGGAUACUGUGAGACCCGGUGUUCUAGCCCUUGUGAACGAUUGCGACUGGGAGCUGAGUGGGCAACUUGAUACGACGCUAGAGGAGAAGGAUGUCAUUGUCUUCAUUUCAACCUUGCACGGUGGAUAGUAUGUGGAUCGUUGUAUUGACUUUAGAUUCUCACUAAAGCCUAUAUAUGGCAUGUGAUUGUUAUUUCGAUAUAGGAUAAUGACAAAUGGUUUCGGAUUCUCACCAAAACAUCAUACUGUGUGAGCUAUUCUGUUGAUGUCUCGACAUAAAAGAUGUGAUGCCGGUUGUGAUGGGGCUUGUUCGGU